GAAGAGUUAGUGUUGUAAACACAAGGAUAUGGCUGACGAGAGGGGUGGAGGUGAAGACAACAUUAACGACAACAUGGGGAACCAGUUACAGCUGCUACCAGACAAUGAGCAGGAGGAGGAGGAGGAGGAGGAUGACAUGGAGACUGAAGACCGAGACAGUGAGGAGGCAGAGAAGCCCAACAUCAUCACCUUUGACCCCAGUCUUCCCACAUCACAUGCUUACCUGGGUUCAGACAUGGAGGAGUUUCAUGGCCGCACAGUCCACGAUGACGACAGCUGUCAGACCAUUCCUGUGCUGCCACACACAGCUGUGAUGCUGGUUCCAGGCCAGACGCUGCCACUGCAGCUGUUCAGGCCGCAGGAGGUCAGCAUGAUGAGGAGCGUCAUCCAGAGAGACCGCACCUUUGCUGUGCUCGCACACAGUGAUGCAGUUGAGCCGGAGGCAGAGUUUGGAACAACAGCUGAGAUCUAUGCAUACAGGGAGGAACAGGAGUACGGCAUUGAAACAGUCAAAGUGAAAGCUGUAGGGAGGCAGAGAUUCAAGGUCCAUGAGAUAAGAACUCAAGCAGAUGGAAUCAGACAAGCCAAAGUACAAAUCCUUCCAGAAAGAAUCCUUCCAGACCCCCUCUCUGCUGUGCAGCUAACACCCCUGGCUAGGCUCCACAUGCACCCCUCCUCAAAACCCCAGAGCUGGAAGCAGGCUCAGUGCUGGUGGAGCAACUAUCAACAGGUCAGACAAAACUCUGUCUUUUCACCACUUUUAAAUAAC